AGUCCUAUUAUCGACGUGUCCACACACAGAAGAACAGGAUGGAGUCGUUUUCAGCAGUUUUGUUUCUCGCUUUGAUUGCAUGUGGCUUUGCAGCACACACAUUUAAAUGGACAGACUGCUCUGUUGCAAGUACACGUAUCCUCACUUUGACAAACUUCGAUCUGUCUCCCAAGCCAGUGAAAUUACCUGGAAAUAUCACGGUUGACCUUGUCGGCACACUUUCAAGAAGACUACCAGCAAACACUCACUACAAACUCAAUGUUACUAUGGACAAAAAACUGUUGGGCCAUUGGCAUGCUGUUCCGUGUAACAAGAAAGUCGGAACUUGUUUAUACGACGACCCAUGUGAAUUUUUACAAACAUUUUCGCACAACAACACAUGUCCACAGUCAUUUAUUGAUAAUGGUCUUACAUGUACAUGCCCUUUUGACCCUGUCAAAUUGAAUGUCCAGCAAGCCGUCGUGACAGUGAAAUCCAUUCCAUCUCAAUGGGGUUUCUUGGCUACAGGUGAUUUUAGAGCACGAGUCGAAGUUUUGGAAGGAAGUAAUAUGAUCGGAUGCUUCACUGCAGAGCUGUCGAUUGCUACACCUUGUACAGGAUUUUUGUGUGGCCGAAAAUGA